CCGCCACCCCAGGUGCCCAACGACCCUGCUAUCCUCGGAGUAAUCCGCCCGUCCAUCACAACUCCAGGGACAGCAACCUGGGCCGCCAUCGAACCAACAAGCCCCGCCUAACAAUUUCAACUCUCCGCCUCCAUUUCCGAAUCCUUAUGGAUAUCCUCCGUUUCCCGGCAAUCGCUCCCCCUUUGAUGGUUCCACCUCCUGGUUGGUAUCCCCCUCCAGGACAAGGUUUUCCACCGGGACCUUUCCCGAACCAGCCCUCGCAACUACCUCCCGGGGCUCCAGCUCAACAGCAGCAGGCUCAGCAAGAUUUGCAGGGCCAGAAACCAGAUCAAGGACCGUCGUCUAGGCAAGCUACUGCGGGCCCGGCAACGCAGGCACAAACAAAGCCGGCCGAAUUGAAUGCCCCAUCGAAGCCAUCAGAACCAAGGCCUGCUGCAACUAGAAAACCGCAGGGACGAGGUACUCCUACCCAGCCUACUCCUUCACAAGCGCCGCCGAACAAAGCACCUGCGCCGCCUAUUGAGUCAAAGCCUGAUGUUACAUCUGCACUGGCUCCCUCUCAGGCACCUACGGCUCAAGCUCCUGCUCAACCAUCCGCCCCGACAAAGACAAUCCCCACGGGGCCGAAAGGUAACCGCAUAGUUCCCGCGGUCCCAAUACCUAGUGCGGUCGCCAAACCUCCGGCUGCUGUCACACAGUCUACGAAACCCGCCACCCAACCUAGCCAAGCAGUUGCUACAGCGACGCAACAAUACCAGAACGCAACCGCUGCAGCUACAGCGGCCGUUGCCGCCGCCAUGGCCAAGCUUCCCGCUGCGCCGGGUCAAAAAAUCCUUGCUCAAGCCGCUGGCGAUCCAAGAUCACAAGUCACAGGUUCUACUGGACCAUCAACAUUCCCGGCCCGUGGACGCGGUGCUCGACGCGGCAGUGGUCCGAGCGGCCAUCAUGUACCAGGUCCAAAGAUUGAGACCACUCCCGACUUUGAUUUUGAAAGCGCAAACAAGAAAUUCAGCAAGCUCGACUUGGCCAAAGAGGCCAUUGCUACAGGGUCACCCCUUGGUGAGAGUCCUAUUAAUGCGAACUCUACCAUUGAGAACGGCGAGUCGAAGUCGACGAACGGAACAGAGGGCGAAACGAAGUCUGAUGACGUUACGAUUCCUCCCCCGGCGCCUGCUUAUGACAAGGGCUCAAGCUUCUUCGACAACUUGAGUUCGGACCGGCGAGACCGCGAGGAGAGGAAAGACGUCCGAGAUAUGCGGACUGAAGAACGCCGACGGAAUAUGGAGACGUUUGGACAGGGCAGCGUUGAUUCGCGCGGAGGGUUCCGAGGGUCGCGGCGGUGCUGAUGCUGGCACUACCUCAUAAUCUGCAUUUUCGCAACGAUGGCAGGAAAGCCGACGGCGUUUUACGGGGAUGGGUUGAACGAGGUGAUAAUGCAGCCUCAUGGCUGGAGACAUGACCAAUGGCUGC